UUCCCCAUGACACCUCCCACUCCCCUCUGUGGCCUGGGUGGGCCUGGGGGAGGGGGCUGCCCUUGGCUGGCCUAGAGCUCUCCCUGAGCUGAGCUGGCCAGCUGGCAGCACAGCUGGAAGUCUCUGGGACGGACGGGGCUGGGAGUGGCAGGAGGCCAGGCUUUGGCAGGAUCAGCCCUGCAGCCCCAGAUCUAAAAUGUCCAGUCCUCUGGAGUAGGCGCUGGCUGUGAUGGUCACCACCUUCUACAAGUACUCUGGCCAAGAGGGUGACAAGUUCAAGCUGAGUAAGGGGGAGAUGAAGAAACUUCUGCACAAGGAGCUGCCCAGCUUUGUGGGGAAGAAGGUGGAUGAGGAGGGCCUGAAGAGGAUGAUGGGUGAUCUGGAUAAGAACAGGGACCAGGAGGUGGACUUCCAGGAGUACGCUCUCUCCCUGGCCCUCGUCACUCUCAUGUGCAGCGACUUCUUCCAGGGUUCCCCAGCCCGGUCCUGAUGUACAGCUCGUGGUUCCCGCCGUGGGUCUCUUGGGCCCAGGAGGACUCUCUACCUUUUUUAGUUUUAUACUCAGUAAACAUUUUUUGCUUGUUGACAAUAUUUUAAUUGCUCAGUGAUGCCCUGUCACCUGGCUUGGCUCAGUUAAAGACUCAAAGCUUCUUUUGUUUUGAGCUGUCUCUAUCCCUUUCAGUCCAAGAUGACACAAUGCCUUUAAAAAUGUUGUGGGCUUCCUGUGUACCAACUUAUAAAUCACUUAAUUAGACAAAAAAACAUAUUUACAAAUUUCUUUGAGACUGGCCCUCUGUACCCUAGAGUUAGAGAGCUGUUAGAAA